AUGGAGAAGCAAAUCUUUUGUGAAUUCCUAGUGGUAAUGAUGUUGUUGUCAUCAUCCCAAAUUAAGGGAGAUAUGAGCGAAGGAUGUAAUGAUUGGGGCAUCUCAGCUCUGAUGGGUUGUCCACAUUCGAUUGCCAAGAAGCUUCCAGCUCCUCGGACACCAUCCCAAGGUUGUUGCACUCUUAUCCGAAUCAUUGGGAUGAAAUGUGUGUGUGAAAUUGUCAAUAAGAUAAUCGAAGACACCAUUGACAUGAAAAAGCUCGUUAACGUGGCCGCAGCUUGUGGCCGUCCCCUUGCUCCUGGUUCACAAUGUGGAAGUUACCGAGUUCCUGGUGCAUGACAUGGGAUGAAUGCGAUUAUGCGAGUAUACAAUAAGCUAGUAUCAAGUAUCAAUUUUUUUUUUUUUUUGAUGAAAGUGAAAGAAUACAGCAUAAUGUGAUGACUGGUGUUACAAUGGAAUCAGAAGAGAGUCCAGAUUUUAAAAAUGCUAUUGUUUCGAUAUGUAUAUU